AUGCCCGGGAAGCUCAUCCAGUGCCUGAAGUCCACGGGAUGCUCCAACCCGGUGGUGCUCAUCGAUGAGAUCGACAAGCUCGGCCGGGACAUGCGUGGAGAUCCCUCUUCUGCGCUGCUGGAAGUUCUGGACCCCGAGCAAAAUGGCAGCUUUCGGGAUCACUACCUGGAUGUCCCAGUCGAUUUGUCCAACAUCCUCUUCCUGAGCACGGCGAACAUGUUGGACACGAUCCCCGGUCCGCUACUGGACCGUAUGGAAAUCAUCCGCCUCGCGGGCUACGUCUACGAAGAGAAGCUGGCCAUUGCCAGCAAGUACUUGAUCCCCCAGACAGAGGAGCAGAGUGGCAUCGGCACAGAGCGGCUGAACUUGCAGGAAGAGGCUCUCCAGAAGAUGAUCAAAGACUAUGCUCGAGAGGCGGGUGUCCGAAACCUCCGACAGCUGCUGGAGAAGGUGAGCCGCAAGGUCGCGCUCGACCUGGUCCGCAAGAAGAAGUCCGCACCCAAUGUGGAGCAGGGCCCGGCUCUCAUCAAUCUGGAGAAUCUCUCCACCUACAUUGGACAGCCGCUCCACAUGUCGGACCGGCUCUACAUUGGCACACCUCCCGGGGUGGUUAUGGGUUUAGCAUGGACGGCCAACGGGGGUGCCACCCUCUAUGUGGAAGCUCGAGGCCGACUUCCUUGUGGCAGGGUGCAAGGUGGCAUGGCUUCCUUAUCCGCUGAGUCGGCCAAGGGAGAGUCCAAGCCUGGUAGUGGACACAUGCAGGUCACUGGUCAGUUGGGAAGUGUGAUGAGUGAGUCUAGUUCAAUAUCUUUGACCUAUGCUCGACUCUUCAUGCGGGAGCUAGAUCCCACGAAUACCUUCCUGGACGUGGCCAACAUUCAUUUGCAUGUGCCCGAAGGUGCUACGCCCAAGGAUGGCCCCUCAGCGGGUGUGACCAUGACCUCCGCCCUCUUGAGUUGUGCUCUUGAACGGCCGUUGUUGGCCGAUGUCGCCAUGACUGGGGAGCUCACUCUCAUGGGCAAGGUGCUGAAAGUCGGAGGCAUCAAAGAGAAGGUCAUUGCUGCUCGACGGGAAGGAGUGAAGACCUUGCUUCUGCCUCUUCAGAACGAGGCGGAUUACAUGGAGAUCAAGGAGUACUUGCGCGACGGUCUGACGGCCCACUUUGUGGAUCACUUUGAUGAUGCCUAUCGGCUCAUGUUCGAUCCAAAAGAGGUGCCCUCUCUGAAGUCUUCCAGAGGCCUUCCAGUGAUCACGGUCCAGCCGCCGACCAUUGAGAAGGCGGAGGAGCCCGUGGAGAUAAAGAUACACAAGAUGCCGGAGGAGACAGACACAGGCUUGAAGAUUACCCCACUGCCCAGAGGCCUUCCAAGUCGAUCUGAAGUGCCCAGCAGUUUGGCCAAGUCACUCUGA